AUGGCUAAAAUGCGUUAUAUCACUAAACCGUCCAGUGGUGGAUUUUUUUCUUUUUUCGGUGGUAGUAAAUCGUCACCGAAUACGAGAUCGAAAACAGUACCCACGACGGCUCAAAGAAAUUGGCAAACUGCUACAAAUCAUGCACAAAGUCACAGUUCGAAUCAGAAAACAGGUUCAUCGAAUUCAGGUUGGGCUAAUCCCUAUUACAAGCCCUCGGCUCCAGCUGUACCUUCCGCACCAAAAACUACAAAUUACGGAUGGAAACCUGCAUCUCAACCCAGUAGUAAUGUUGGAAGUGCUCACCCCAGUUCCAGUGUAGGAGGAUCGAAACCAUAUCCUUCGCAAACCGCGAAUACCGGCGUUCAACAAAGUAGUUACAACGGAUUUAAACCUGCUCCCAGUUUGCCUAAUACCCAUGCUACUAAUUUACAAACUCCACAAACCAAUUACGCUGCGAGUAAACCGGUAUCAAGUGUACCCGUUCAAAACACCGGUUAUCAACCUAGUUCUUACAAUACCCAUUCGGCUCCUUCGAGUGGUAGUUUCGGAGGAUAUCAUCCGCCUUCUAAUGUUCAUAAUAAUUAUUAUCAUCCAUCUCAGGGAUCUCAUAACGUUCCACAUCAAGCUCCUUCGUAUCAACAAUCUGGUUACCACAGUUCUUCAUAUCCGCAACAAUCUUACUCCGGUCAUCACCCCCCCCAAAAUAAUUUUGGCUAUUCUCCCGCCGGUGGUGGCUACAGUGGUUCUCCGUCUUAUCAAGGGAAUAAAUUUUACAGUGGCAAUUCGGGACAUUAUGGAUAUUCGGGAGGUGGAAAUUGGGGAGUACCCACUUACGGUACUAAAAAAAGUAGUUCGGGAACAGGAAAAUUACUUACAGGUUUAGCAGUAGGAGCUGCGGGAGGUUAUUUAACAAAUUCGUUGAUUAAUAGCAUUUCGAACCCUUGGAGAUACAGCGGGCACGGUUACGGUUCCGGGUUUGGUUACGGCUCUAGUUUGGGUUACGGCGGUGUAGGAUUAGGGUCCGGAUUAGGAGUAGGAUACGGUACUGAAUACCUCUUAUCGAAAGACCGGGAUGAAAGUGCUUUCGAAAGAGGAUACGUACGCGGAUUUAAAGAUAGACAAGAAGAAAACAAUAAAGAAACUCAAAAUUCUCCUGCACCUUCCCCAACUCCUGAAGACGAUCCUACAAGUAAAUGGAUUCAUUGCGUUGCUUACGAUCCACAAACCCAACAAACAUUGAUUAAUCCAAAUUGUAGUUGUACAGUAACCACAUCUGUUGAUGAUAGAACAGGGCAACCGAUAUCUGCUCAUCAUUGUACGACCCUAAAUGGUUUAGUUCUGCGUCCGAUUCCGAUCGUAAACAAUCAACCAGUUUUACCACCGUCUCCGGACAUGUCUGCCAAUUCUCAACCCAGCACCGGCGUAAACUCACCCGGCGUUGUACCUUCGUACGUAGAUUCAUACCAAGGUGGUAGUCAAUACGGAGUAAUCAACGGCCAAGCGUUUUCCAUUCCAAAACCGAAAGAUUCAAACGAAAAUCAAAAUUUACCUACUCCGAACAUAGACGUUAGAAUUUCCGAACCUCCGAGUGAUAAAACUCCCGGAGAAACACCUUCCAGUGGUAAAACUCCCGAUGAAACACCUUCCAGUGGUAAAACUCCUGAUGAAACACCGCUAACCUCUGACGUAAAAGAAGAAACAAAAGAAAAGGAAAAAACUUCAGGUACCGUACCAAAUUUGGAAGUUGUUGUUCCUACUUCUUCUCAAAACAUAACAAACGUGGAAACAGAUAAAGAAACAAUUAUGGGGGAACAUUUAAACGUGUCAAGUACGGCAAUUGUUAGUACGGAAAAAAUAAAUUCAGAUACGAUGGGAAUAGAAAAAAAAAUGGAUGAUGAAAAAAAUGCCGAUGAAUUUUUUGGAAAACUACAAAAAAUAGUCAACAUGGGGAAUUUUGUAGACUGGGGGUAA